GCCGUGUGGCCUUUCCACUCCCUGAGGGUUCAGAGGAAAAGGAGGCGGUCAUUCCCUGUUUCCAUCGUAUCCAAGCUGCUACAAUGGAGAAGAAGGUAGCCAGGGAAUUCAGGCACAAGGUGGAUGUAUUAAUUGACAGUGAUGCAGAAAAGGACUACCUUUAUGAUGUACUACGUAUGUACCAUCAAUCAAUGGAUCUCCCUGUUCUUGUGGGUGACCUAAAACUGGUGAUAAAUGAGCCAAGUCGUCUGCCAAUGUUUGAAGCUAUUCGGCCACUUAUUCCUCUGAAACACCAAGUAGAAUAUGACAGUCUGAUGCCAAAACGAUCUCGGAAACUAAAGGAGGUGCGUUUAGAUAGAACACAUCCUGAAGGACUAGGCUUAAGUGUGCGAGGUGGAUUGGAGUUUAAUUGCGGGCUGUUUAUCUCCCAGUUGGUGAAAGGAGGACAAGCAGACAACGUAGGCUUGCAGCUUGGAGAUGAGAUUGUUCGGAUAAAUGGCUACUCGAUAGAAUCUUGCACACACGAGGAAGUGAUAAAUCUUAUCCGCGCCAAAAAGACUGUGUCACUGAAAGUUAGACAUAUUGGAAUGAUUCCUGUCAAAAGUUCUUCUGAGGAGACUUUAAAGUGGCAAUUUGUGGACCAGUUUGUGUCAGAUGCUGGGGAUGGGAAGAUCAGUUUAGCUGGACUGGCUUCACUGGGGAACAAGGAAAUAAGGGAAAAGAAGGUUUUUAUCAGCUUGGUUGGUGUAAAAGGCAUGGGAUGCAGCAUAUCCAGUGGCCCUACUCAGAAGCCAGGGAUCUUUAUCAGCAAUGUGAAACCAGGAUCAGUUUCUGCAGAGGUGGGCUUAGAGGUUGGCGAUCAAAUUGUUGAAGUAGAUGGAGUUGAUUUUACAAACGUGGAUCACAAAGAGGCUGUCCAAAUUCUGAAGAGUAGCAGGAGCCUGACAAUCAUUGUACUCACUGGUGCAGGGAAAGAACUAUUCCAAACCGAAGAAGAGCGAAUGAAUGAAUAUUACCGCCAUGAACGAGAGCGUCAGGAAUUAAUGCAGCAGAAGAGGAUUGCAGUGGAAACUAACAAAAUUAUGAAGGAACAACAAGAAAAAGAGAGGCAAAGAAAGCUGGAGAUAUCACAGAAAACUGCUGAAGAACAAGAGAGAUAUCAAAAAGAAAUUAACCAGAUAGAAGCACAAGAACAGAAGUUCAAAAAGGAAUGGGAUGAAGACUGGGGACAACAUGAACAGCCCAAGAGUUCAAUGUUAGUAGCUGCUGAUGUAAUUCCACAACCUCCAUCAAAAAGUGAAACAAUUGGUUGGUUUUAUCGAUAUGAAGGCAAAUAUCCCACCACUCAGAAGAAAGGGAUAGGGAGGAAGAAGUCCAAGGCUGAGAUAUUAUUUGACCAAAGGAAAAAUAAAAAGGAACUGGAAUUUGAACAGAAACUUGCCAUCGAGAAAGAGGAAAUGUUAGAGAAAGAAAAGCAAUUGAAAAUAAACCGACUCGUCCAAGAGGUUUCUGAAACAGAACGGGAAGAUUUGGAAGAAUCUGCAAAAGUUCAGCAUUGGGUGGAGAAGCUGUGCCAGACUCGGUUAGAGCAGAUCUCUUCGGCAGAGACUGAAUCCCUUGAGCAACUUGCCCCAAGCCCACCUAUGCAAAAACGACCACUGGGGCCUUUGGCUUCCAAGCCAGUCAUGUUGCCUCCUAGCCCCAGCCUUAUAAAAAAGACAUGGGUUAAAUCUGACCUGCUCCAACCAGAAAUGUUGAAACGAAUGGUCGUCUACAAUUCGUCAUUUCGUUCUAAAGGAAAACACGGCUUCCAAAAAUAUGUGGAGGACUUUGACCCUUAUUCCAUGUUCACAUCUGACCAGAUUGCAGGAAAAGAUGUUCGCCUCUUAAGAAUUAAAAAGGAGGGAUCAUUGGAUCUUGCAGUUGAGGGUGGCAUCAACUCUCCACUUGGGAAGAUCGUUGUAUCUGCUGUCUAUGAGGGAGGAGCUGCAGAUAAACAUGGCGGUAUAGUGAAGGGAGAUCAAAUAAUGGCUGUCAAUGGGAAGAUCCUCAUCGAUGCUACCUUGCCUGAAGCUGAGACAACAUUGGCAAAGUCAUGGAAUAGCGGUGGUGACUGGAUAGACUUGGUUAUAGCUGUGUCCCCACCAAAGGAAUAUGAAGAUGAAGUGACAUUCUUCUGAUAAAGAAGGACAUAUGAUAUUAUAAGGACCACUUCAUCCAGAAUCAAAUCAUUCUCAUAAAGUCCAGUGCUUUGUAAUGCAAAAUUUUAUUGAAGAAAUCAGAUCAGAUUAUUUAAUCUACAUUAAUAUAAUGGAGAUAACUACAAUUGAUUUAAAUAUUGAAAAUAGUGGCAAAAUGUAUAUAUUCCUAAAUAGGAUUAACGGGAAUAUAUAGUUGUAUUAUAAUAGACAUUACAGGUGCUUGUGUCAAAUUAUUUUCUAUUAGAUAUCAGAAUAGUGGGUUUAACAAAGAAUUGAAAACUAUAUGAUUGAACUAGUUUUGUCAUGUUUUUCAAUUAAACAUCUGUGUUAAUGCACUGAAGAACUCAAAUCUGAAGUUCCUUUAACGUUCAUCACCAGAAAUGUGCUGAAUCUUAUUAACUUGUUAUAACGUCUUACAAUAGUGUCAUAAAUCUGCUCCAGCAGUGCUGUUUUGAUAAGAAUGAAGUUGAAUGAUUAAGAAAAGCACAGUGAGUAUGAAGAGCAAAGAGCCAUUUCCAAGCCUGAAUAAUACAGCUGCUAUUGUAUUGUAGACCCAAAGUCUAGUGUGUACAGAGACUUUAGCAUUACUUUGCAAAUGGAAUUACCCGUGAUGGCAAUACCUUGGUACUCAUGUUAAAAGUGAUAUAACAAAUAAAUUGUGCAUCAGCAUCUUGCCUCAGUGUACCAUAUUGGUAUGAGAGGACUGGAGCAUUAAGGCUGAUUUUGUGAGACACACUCUCCUGAAUGGUGUGGCUACACAGUGGAAUGGGACUUUAGAGGUGUGGUCUGUGAUACUUAUUAGCUUUGGAAACUAAUCACUUAUCUGAAAUAAUUGCACCAAUUUUUGAUCAUUAAUAGAAUGAUUCAUUGUGUUAUGUGUGACCUAACAUGUUUUUUAUAAUAUAAUCAGUUAAUUAUAGAUAUACAUAUUGACAUAUAAUGAAAUAAAUGUAUUUCUAAUUAAAUUUCAUUAAAAUUUAUAAUAAAUAAUAACGUCUUCAGCACACAUGUAGGGAUGCUAUAUUUGUUAUUGAAAUUAUUGAUGUUAAGGAGGAAUUUGUCCAAAUGUUGGUUGGAAUAUUUUUUGUUUUAUUAAAUCUUUAUUGAAUUCUGGGACCACAUAGCAUUAUAUGAGUUUAAUCACAUGGUAAACUAAUGCUGCUAGAAAUGGUUUUGACCACAAAACUAGUUUGAAAGCUUUCACCAGUUCCCAGAUGUUAAAAUGGUAAGAACAACCUGUUGCUCAUCUAUAAGAUAUUUUUUAAAAAUUGCAUGAAUUGUUUUGUUGUGAAAUCUAUCAGUUGUCUUUUGUAUACCAUGAAAGGAGUUUGAUUGCCAAGCUUACUAAUUGAAAGCUCGAUCCUUGAGGAUACAGUAGAUCCUGGUUAAUUGGGACACUUUGGGACCAGUACAUUUUAGCCCAUUAAGUAUCUGCCCUAAUUAGCCAAAAUAGUUAAAAACUUAUAAAAAGACAAACUACCAUUUAACUGAGCAAACAAAUUGUGUAUUUAAAUGGAAAUAAAGAACAAAUUAGAACAUUUGCUCUACAGUAAUAUAAAGCUGUAGUUCCUAAUACUUAUUGACAGAGGAAUUCAUCUAAAGUAUGCUGCCAUGUUCUUUCAGUUGACUAUAAAUGACCAAUGUCUCUACAGGCACCUAGUGCAGAAAAUGGACUGAUUCGUGCAAUGCUUUUGAUGAUUGCAUCCUCCAAAUCUUCAUUUUUUAUUGUAGCAUUUAAGAUGAUUGUCAAUACUCACACAUUUUUCAUAAUUACUAACUAGUUGAAGUAGUGAAGUUGUUUCAUUUUCACUCCUGGCCAUGUCUGUCAUGUCUGAAUGCUUGAAACUACAGUGAGCAAAACAAUUCUGUAUUGUCUUACUACUUAUUUCUUGCCAACUAUUGGUGACAAAAAUCCCUGCUUUUUGAACACAAAAAAACUGAUGCUAUUUAAAAACUGUUCACUCUAAGCAUGGUGUAGUAUCGAAGGGUCACACAAGUGCACACAACUGAUGCUACUUAAAAACUGUUUGCUCGUAGCACGCUGCAGUAUUUAAUGGUCACACAAGUGCAUGUGACAGACACUAGUUAGAAACUUUAGUGAGUCUCCUGUCCCAAUUAAGUGGCAUAGAGUCCCAAAUAAGCAAAGAGAAUCCCAGCUAUUUUCUCAAUUAGUAUUUUGUUCUUUAAGAGUUGUCCCAAAUAAGUGGCUGUCCUGAUUAACCAAUGGCCCAAUUAACCAGAAUCCACUGUAUUUGGUUAGCAGACCAUCUUUAAUUAAGAAAGCAUAUUGUUCUGUAUGCUUACUUGAUUGCCUUAGAAUUAUUUUGAAAAUGAAUAAGAGUUAAUGUUGUUUAUACAAUUUGUGCUCAUUAAGUCAAUGAAGUGUCCUUAAGAUUUCUGAAUAUUAAAACAAAUCAAUUUCUAAUGUUUA